ACGCUGUUAAUUGGCAACAACUCAACGCAAGCCGUGCCAGAGUACCAGCACUGCCACCUCCUCUCCAUCGCCGGGUUGGAUCGUUUCCUUUGUUGUGUUUUUUGUCAAGCGUUGUCUCACUCACUGACCAACGUCACACCGCUCGGAACCUCCCGCUUCGAGGCUGGCAGGCUGGCGGUCUGCCUAGACUCGGCGUCGAUCCACCAUGCGCCACACUGACAACCAUCUUGGUCUUUCUUUCUGCUGGCGUCCAAGCGCACAGCGCAGAGCGCGCAAUUUGUCUCGUGCGCGCUCCUGUUCGAACCGGCCCGCGCGCCGGCGCUGACCUGCCCCCCUCCAGUGUCUCCACCUAGCGGACGACGGCUGAACUCAAAUCCCUGCCCUCCCCCACCACGCCGCACCGGCAGCCGCAGCCGACUCAACUCGGAAAAUGUUUUGUGGUGUUUGUCAUAGGCCAACGAUAUUUUGAAAAAGGAGUAACUUGAUGCAGGAGGCAAUAUUUGGAUUCAAUGACAUGUAACCUACCGCCGGUGUAUUUUCCGGCUUUUGCCUGCUUUCUUUUCACGCGGCCCUUCUUCUUCAGUUUGUAAUAUUCAUUGAACCUAUCAUGGCACCGGUACCACUAGAAGGGCAGCAAGUCCCUAUGAUGCCUAUGCCGGCGGAGGGUCAGCGAGGUGGAUCUAUCAGUUUGGCUGUUCUUAUUGACUUCAUUGUUCAACGAACUUAUCAUGAACUUACAGUUUUGGCAGAAUUGCUUCCUAGAAAAACUGACAUGGAAAGGAAAAUUGAAAUAUACAAUUUUUCCUCAAGAACGCGCCAACUGUUUGUUCGUCUUCUUGCUCUCGUAAAGUGGGCUAAUUCUGCUUCCAAAGUUGACAAAUCUGCUCACAUCAUGGCGUUUUUAGAUAAGCAGUCCAUGUUAUUUGUUGACACUGCUGAUAUGUUAGCUAGAAUGGCCAGAGAAACACUAGUUCAUGCUCGGCUUCCUAAUUUUCACAUACCUGCAGCUGUUGAGGUUCUGACUACGGGAACCUACAGCCGUCUUCCUGUUUGCAUUAGAGAAAAAAUAGUGCCUCCAGAUCCCAUUACUGCCCUAGAAAAAAAGAGUACAUUACAACGAUUAAAUCAGGUCAUUCAACAUAGACUUGUUACUGGAAAUCUUUUACCUCAGAUGAGGAACCUGAAGAUUGAUGCUGGUAGAGUUACCUUUCAUGUAAAACAUGAGUUUGAAGUAUCACUCACUGUGAUGGGAGAUGGACCCAACAUUCCCUGGCGGUUACUUGAUGUUGAAAUACUUGUCGAGGACAAGGAUAUUGGAGAGGGAAAGGCCUUGGUCCAUCCUCUGCAAGUACAGUAUGUACACAAAGUACUUCAAACCCGCCUUGCUGAUCACCCUAAUCCAUUAGAUGAGGUUUAUAGUUGCCUCCAUUUCUUUGCUCAAUCUCUUCAGCUAGAAGUUCUCUAUUCACAAGCACUGAGGCUAAAGAGAGAUCGCCUUGAAAAUUUUAUUAUGGUUGAGGACUAUGCACCUGGCAAGCAUUUGACAAUUCUUUAUUGGCGUGAGCUCUCUCAGAAGGAACCCCGGUCAGAAUUGGGCUACAAACUCACUGUUCAAGUAGAUCAGCAUGACAGUGCCAGGCCUCUUGCUGUUGUCCAUUCACCUUCCCUAGGGCACAAUGAGGUUGAAAUUGCUGACAAAGCCAUUCACUCUGCUGUUUUAUCCGUGGAGAGGCUUUUAGUGCACACAAUUUAUGUCCGAUCUAAAUCAAGGUUGACUGAUCUGAAAACAGAAAUACAAGCCAUGUUACCUGGAGUUGAAUGUACAUUAAGUGGAGUACCAGCUGUGCUGAGUGUUCCACUAUUGCAACCAUGCCAGCGAGCAGAGCAAAUGCUGGUUACUGUAGAGACCCACUCGGGUAUACUACAAUGUUGUGUACCUCAGUAUGAAGCCCCUCUAAUGCAGGAUAUAAGUAAUGCCUUAAAUGGUGAUCGUUCAAAAUUGCCAACAUUACUAUCUGAACUUCGCUUCUGGGUAGUACAGAGACGGUGUGAGAAGACACUUAUGCAUUUGCCUGUUUCUGUGAAGGAGCGUCUACCCCUGUUAAUGCCUCAAGAUAAUCCUAUUACCUCAAGAUUAGGGAGACACCACAUGUUGGUUCAACUACAUCAUCAUCCAGGCUCUGUCCUCAUUGUGGAUUUAAAUGAGAGAAAGGAGUCGGUCUUAAAUGUAGAUUGCACUUUUUAUCUGGCAACAGUUCGCAAUAUAUUGAUUAAUGAUGAGGAACAUGCUCAGACUUCUUCAACAGCAGCAGCUGCAUCUGAAGAAACCACACAUGAAUUAGAAACGCCUAAGCCAUAUUUAAAGGUUUUAUCUCUUGUGGAAUUUGACACCUUUGUUUCAACCCAUGGUCCUUGGACAAGUGUGGAAGACCCUGACUAUGGAGGAAAACGAAAACUUGUGGGUAUUCAUGAUCCCCGCCAAAGAUCAAAACACCCUGCCUACUUCAUUCCUGAAUUAGCUCAUGUCGUUGCCAUGUGCGAUGAGAGGAUACCAUUUUUGAGUAUGGCACAGGAGUUGACAAGGAGGGACAUUGCUCAUCAGGGCAUCCAGGUUGAAUCAGGAGCUACAGGUCUCAUGCUGCAACUUGUAACUCUUCCUCCACCUGAAGGCGUCUCUUCCUUAGAUCCUGACUAUCUGGCCCUACUACGCCGUGUUCUUGCAAUAACAGUUAGGACAUGUACACGUACUCCUGGUCGGGGAUGGGUUGUGGAGCUGGUCUUUGCUGCUUCUCCCCUCCAGUCAACACAUCCCAGAGAACAAGGCAAUAGACGCCCUGUUUACCUGCAGUAUGAAAUGCUUUCAGAAGACAAUGUAUCUAAGACUAUAGACAGUUUACUUUGUGACUGGGAACAUAUCUAUCACAUUUUCUCGCUGGCUGAGGAACUCUCUAAAUGCUAUAAAAUAGAAAAAUACAACUUGCCUUUAAUCUGUCAAGUCAAAUGCUAUAAUUACACAAAGCUUGUCCUAGGUUAUGGUCCUGACAAGGGAGCAAUAGUCACUAUUCUGUGGCGCAAAGAUAAAAAGGCAUUUAACUUAUGCUUUGGUACUUUAGGAUCAGCUUCUCUAGCUCAUUCUCUCAUCAGACAGCAGUUGAUCAUGUACCUCAACCAUCAUAAAAGUGCAGUGCUGUUGGUUCAACUCCUGCAUGAAACUUAUGAACCCCUUUCCUCAGUCUUACACUUGUCUCCCAGCCCACAGCUUGGCAUAAAUAGCAAUAGACCCAUGGUUCCUGUGCAAACCUGGACAAUUGUAGCAGAAACUCCUACUUUACUGCGAUUAGUGUAUCAGUCCACUUACUGUCUAGAACUUAGAAUCCGGGGAAAUGGCUGUGUGAGCAUAAGGGAUGGUGCUCAUUCGAUAUUUGAUAGUUGCUCAGUGGUUUCAGAUUUGAUGCCAACAAGGCUCCUAAAGACUUUCCUCUCAAAAUAUGUAACAGACUCAGAUAUUUCAAGAAGAAGAUCACAAUCAGAGGAUGAAAACCCUCCUUCUCCAGUUUUAUUAGAACAAGAAACGGGUAACAUUUUGUCGGUACGUGGGCCUCAGUCGCCUGCCAGUCAGAAAGAUGGAUUGCGUUUUCAUCCUCCAUUAACACCUCCCUCGGGGAGCAAUCCACACACACCCGCAAGUCCAAUGACAUCCAACAUGCAAGGUGUCAAUCCAUCUGCGUCUCCAGGCGUUGGCCUCGUAGCAAGCUCCCCAAACCCUCACCCUAUGCCCAGCCCCCUUGCCAUGCCCAGUGCAUCUCCCCAGCCGUCCAUGAUUGGCCACUCGCCGGCAGGAUCCUUCAUGGGGGGAGGCCACAUGGACGGGAGCCCCUUCCCGACGCAGAGCAUGGCGUCGCCCGCCGCCUCCAACUGGCCCAACUCGCCGGGCAUGCCGCGGCCGUCCCCCCUGCGGCCGGGCCACUCGCCCGACCGCGACCGCGACCGCGAGCACAAGACGGACCUGUGGCACCAGUCGCGAGUGUUGCCGCAGCGCUUCUGGGCCGCUGCCGUGCCCACGGUGCUGAGCACGAAGGCCCUGGAGGUGCUGUGCCGGCCCUGCCCGAUGCCUCCGCCGGGCCCCAACGCCCCGCCCCCGCAGGUGCCCUUGGGCACGGCCGAGCUGUGCCCGUUGGAGCGCUUCCUAGGGUGCAUCUUCAUGCGCAGGCAGAUGCAUCGAUUUGUGCAGUCGGAGGAGACGCUGACAGAUCUUGGAACAUCAGAGCCAGGUGUUGUUCACUUCAAGACAGAGAGCCUCCAGUGCCGUCUUGUAUUGAACCCAAACCACCUCCAAACAUUGCACAUGAAGGUUGGCUCCCUGCCUGAAAGCAAGGACCAGUGGGGGAUGGAAGAAGUGCAGAUAAUUGAAAAGUUCUUUGAAAUGAGAGUUGCAUGUCCUCCAUUCAAACCGAACUCUCUUUUGGGUCUUGCUCGUAUGCUCAAUACUCCCCAUUACGUCCUCAAAGAUUUCAUACAACUAAUGAAGCUUGACUUGAUGCCGAGCAUAGCACAACAAGCCAAUUUCAAGUGGAGUAUUCAACUCUGUUUGCGAGUUCCCCCCUCAUCAGCCUCUCCCAUUGUGCCUACUGGACAGGCUGGAGUCCUAAUCAGCCGUAGUAAAAUCCUCUUCUUCGUUCAACUAACGAGGAUAACUCCAAACCCUAUGGAAGGGAUGACCCUAGUGCUGCCUCUUGUGUAUGACAUUGCUGUGCGCAACACACUGGUCGCUGAAAAGAGAGAGCCCGGACCUGCUCUUGCUGUAUCUGCUGCAAGCAUGCAAUUGAAGAGAUUUGCAGAAUUCUCUGCCCAAUCAACAAUGGGUCAUGAGUGCACUCUACUGUUGGCGAUUCGAGACUUGCUUAUGAACCUCACACUUCCAAAUGAUGUGCAUCCGGUUGGCCCCGGAGGCCCUAUGCAAGCCGCAUUCGGCAUGAUGCAUCCGCCCAUGGGCUCUGGCCCCGGAGGACCUGGAGGACCUGGCGGGCCUGGCGCAUCCGGUGGACCGGGUGGAUCCGGUCCUGGUGCUUCCUUAGUUCCUGGAGCUGCCAUGGGUCCCGGAAUGGGCCCCGGCCCAGGUAUGGGUCCUGGUCCUGGAAUGGGUCCCGGCCCUGGAAUGGGUCAUGGCCCUGGUCCUGGAAUGGGUCCUGGUCCUGGAAUGGGCAUGGGAAUGGGUCCCGCAGUUGGUAUGGCUUCACCCAUGGGUCCAGGAAUGAGUCCGGGGCCGGGGAUGAGUCCUGGCCCUGGAAUGGGACCUGGACCGGGAAUCAGUCCCGGCCCGGGAAUGGGUCCUGGACAGAUGCAGGCCCCAUUUGGCAUGAUGCAUCCUCCCAUGGGGCCGGGGGCGGGCCCUGGAGUGGGGGGCGGCCCCGGGGGCGUGCCAGGCGGUGCUGGUAUGCCGGGCAACAUGGGCGGGAGCGGAGGACCGAACCCUGCAGGUAUGGCCGGUCACAUGGGCAACCCGAUGAGCGGGCCCAUGGGAGGCCCGAUGGGAGGCCCCAUGGGAAAUCAGAUGGGCGGACCUAUGGGCCCGGGCGGACAGUAUUCUGGAGGGCCCAUGGGUAACAUGGGGCAGCACCACAUGAUGGGCUCCUAAACAUUUCCCAUUCCCUGUACCUGACUGGAGGAGUGUGCAAGAGCAGACCUAGAGCCCCCAUAUUAUUUAUCCGAGAUUGACUUGGAUGUGAGUCUAUGAGGCAGAUUUUAUCAAAGCUGGAUGACAAUAGGUGCUUUACAAUGACAGUACAAAAGUAGGAUUGCUGACUGAUGCAUGUGGUGUGUAACCUCAUGCUGUUGGUUGUGUUGUGUGGACGAUAUUUUUUUUUGUUUUGUUAAGCCAAUCAUUAUUUUCUGAAUGAUGUGUUUUCUGUUUAAUAAUACUCAAUUUGUUUCUAAGUAGGCUUUACCAUUAUUAACUUAAAUCUGCUAUGGUUAAAAAAUCAUGGUUGCUCCAUUGACCUUAUUUAUACAUGUAAUUUAAAGAACUUCUAAUAGUUUGUACAUUUUAUUUUACUACUGGUAUCUUCCUUAUUUUUUAAUACCUGUUCAUUUGUAAAUAGAAAAAUAAAUGUGAACUAUGUUGUUAA